AUGUCACUUUUACAUGUUGGCUACGAGCUCAAAGAACAGAAAGCAAUGGACAUCUCUGCUUUUCUGUUUUUGAGUACCAGUUUUUUUCUUUUCUACUUUGUAUUCUCACAUACCGCUGACAACAUUACUCAAUCCCAAUCCCUCAGUGAUAGUGAGGGCACAACCUUGGUUUCUAAAGAUGGAGGCUUUGUUCUGGGGUUCUUCAGUCCAGGGGAUUCCACUAACUGUUACUUGGGAAUUUGGUACAUCAAUAUCCCAAUUAAAACGGUUGUUUGGGUAGCAAACCGGCACAAUCCAAUCAAAGACUCGUCUAGCGUGUUGAUGGCAAAUUCAACAAAAGAAGCGGGGAAUUCAAAAGUACAGCUUUUAGAUUCUGGAAAUCUAGUAUUAAGAGAAGAGAAUGAAGAAAAGCCAGAAAAUUAUUCGUGGCAAAGCUUUGACUAUCCUUCUGAUACGUGGCUACCAGGGAUGAAGGUUGGAUGGGACUUCAGGACUGGUCUGGAAAGGUGCCUAACUGCGUGGAAGAGUCUAGAUGAUCCAUCUCUCGGAGAACUGAGUUGGGGAAUUGAACUUCAUGAUUACCUUGAGAUAGUCAUGAAGAAAGGCUCCAAUAAGUUCUUCCGGAUUGGCCCAUGGAAUGGCCGUGUUUUCAGUGGUGCACCGAAGUUAAGGGCCACCCUAGUUUACGACUUCAGUUUUGUGUCCAACAAGGACGAGUUAUACUUCAUGUUCCACAUGAUUAACACGUCUUUAAUCUCAAGAGCAGUUUUGAACCAAACUUAG